UGGCUGUUGGCUGGUCUACCAACCACCAAGCGGGAAAACCCGCUGAAUCCUUAAGCUAUCCUUCCAGCAGCUGCUGCGCUCUAUUAUCUAUAGUUACACAACGGACAUGAGCCCCGUGUGCCAGCCACAAAUCCGUACCUGCGCACGUACGACCAACAGCUGUCUCAGCACCGGGGAUUUAACGAGAGUUGGCUUGGGCGCUGAUGAAACCGGAGCUGCUGUUUGAGUUGAGUUAUGUUUACAUCUGACAACCAGGGAUAUAUCCAUCCAACCGAGAGACGGAAUGAUUCAAACAUCCCCAUUGGAUGCCAUCAGCAUUGUUUCACCCAUCACUGGAGGAGAAGGGCUACACAGGCAUCACGCUCGAUUUCCGCACCCUUUCAAUGGGAAACGGCCACCUCCGUGGACCACGGCCCGGCCCAUUCCAUGACAGGCCAAGGUCAGUGGAAUGGGUUCAAUUGCGACAGUUGGCCCCCCGCGAGGAUCUCGCUUGCGGGAUGGUACCAACGUUGGGGCUGGGUGAGGGAUCCUAUGGAGGGUUUCUUCCCCAACGCAGGAAGUGGCAGUGUUGAUGCAGAGGUACUUACUUGUUCAAUUUCGCUAGCGGACUUCUUUCGGGGUCUGUCGACGACAGGAUGUGUUUCUUUUGGUCCACGUACAUUGGUCACCUCUGUAUCUCCUGGUACACGCUUGGAACUCACGGGGAAUGCCUUCCCCUACGUAGAUCUCCUUGUGAUUUAUUCUCUCAACAGUGGUUCAGCGCGCUGACAGAAUCUUUUCGAAGGUCGCAUGUUUCGAUCUGUGGCCAAGAACUGGUCUCAUGAUUUCGAGGCGCGAUUGAAAGUGUGUUCCAGCUUACUAAACAGCUCAACUCGA